UUUCCAUUCUUACCGAACUUAUUUAUUUUAUAAUUAGUUCUUGUGCUGUUGAAGUUUUAUUGUUAAAAAGUUUUUUGCAUUCUCUACAAACUACUUUUUGUGAAAUUAAGUGUAUUAUCUUUGUGUAUUAGACCGAUAAUACUAUCUCAAGAUAAAAAUAGUAAUCAUAGUUCAAAAAGCUUAAUAACUGCGAAUAUAAUACAGGUUUUCAAAUGAUAUCAUUAGUGAUUAACCUAAACCCAUUUAUAAUUCUUUAGUUUCACCAAUUAUUGUUACAGACAUGCAGAGAUUAUAUCUCAGAAUUUUUAAUGAAAUAGGAAGGAGACGAUUUUCUACAGAAGUAUCAGCAGCUGCCACAAAGGAAAAUGUUAAAGCAGAAACCCUUACUGAUCUUUUUGGAAGAAACCACACCUACCUUAGAAUUUCUUUAACUGAAAAGUGCAAUUUAAGAUGUCAGUACUGUAUGCCAGCAGAUGGUGUAAAGCUGUCAGAAAAAUCUAAGCUCUUGACUACAGAUGAGGUGUUAAAAGUAGCUGAGCUUUUUGUUAGGGAGGGGGUUAAUAAAAUAAGGUUAACUGGUGGAGAGCCUACUAUUAGGAAGGAUCUAAGAGACAUAAUCUAUAAUCUUAAAAAACUCGAAGGCCUAGACGUGGUUGCUAUGACUACCAACGGUUUAGUAUUAACAAAACAGUUGGUAGCCUUACAGAAAGCUGGACUAGACAUCUUAAACAUAAGUUUGGACACCUUAAAGCCAGAACGUUAUGAGGUUAUGGCUCGUAGAAAGGGAUGGCAAAGAGUGAUGAUGGGCAUCGAUCUUGCAUUACAACUUGGAUAUAAUCCUGUAAAAGUUAACUGUGUAGUCAUGAAAAAUUUUAAUGAUGAUGAAAUUUUGGAUUUUGUGGAGCUCACCAAGGACAAGAAUGUGGACGUUAGGUUUAUCGAAUACAUGCCAUUUUCAGGAAAUAAAUGGGAAGUGGACAAAAUGAUUUCCUACAAAGAUAUGGUUAGUAGGAUACGCAAGAAAUGGUCCGAUUUCUCUCCGCUUGUUAAUGGACCUAACGACACGUCAAAAGCAUGGAAAGUUCCCGGUUUCCAAGGGCAAGUAGGAUUUAUCACGUCUAUGAGUGAACAUUUUUGCGGAUCGUGCAAUAGGCUUAGAAUAACAGCAGACGGAAACUUGAAAGUCUGCCUUUUCGGAAACACUGAAGUGUCCUUAAGAGAUGCAAUCAGAAGCAAUUGUUCGGACGACGAUUUGACUGCUCUCGUUAGUGCAGCUGUAAAAAGAAAGAAGAAGCAACAUGCAGGCACAACCAACACAUCCAGCAGAUUCGACAUGAACAUUACUCCAAAUUUAUCCAAAAAUCUUUCUCAUCUUUUUCCAAAAUCCUCAGCACUUUCCUUUCUAAGACACUAUUCAUCACAACAAAACACUCAAGAUCUAACCCAUGUCGAUGAGGAAGGAAAAGCACACAUGGUCGACGUGGCUGAUAAAAAUGUAACUAAGCGCGCAGCAUCUGCCAUAGCCGUAGUUAAAGUAGGUCCCCGCAUCACGCAACUCAUUUUAGAAAAUGCCAUAAAGAAAGGAGACGUCCUCACAAUCGCCGAGAUAGCAGGUAUUACAGGAGCCAAAAAAACUUCAGAAAUCAUUCCUCUUUGUCAUAAUAUAGGUCUCUCUUGCGUUAAAGUUCGCGCCCGUUUGAACAAAGAGCAAGAAACCGUCGAGAUACAAGCCCAAGUUCUAUGUGAAGGAAAAACCGGAGUGGAAAUGGAAGCUCUGACGGCUGUCAGUGUAGCUGCAUUAACGGUUUAUGACAUGUGCAAAGCUGUUAGUAAGAGUAUUGUUAUAUCCGAUAUACAUCUUUUGAGUAAACAGGGUGGCAAGAGUGGAGAUUAUGGUUCUGAAGAAUUUCAUUUGAGAGAAUACAACAGAAGGCCUACUACCGGAAUUUUUUCUCCUCGUGUUGGGCUCGUUUAAACUUAUUUUUUACAUUAUAUAAGCUUAAAGUGUAUCACUUUUGUCCUUAGUUGUUUGGUGUAAGGGGCGUUUAGCUAGAAUAAUUAUGUUAAACUAAAUUUGCUACUCUACUAGCCCAGUUGGCCUUGUUGAAGGCAUUACAGGAACUACCAAAAAUAUUAUGUCUAUUGUUGAGGCUUGAACAUUCAAUGUUGUCUCGUGAUUUAGGCUGUUACAAAUAAUUAACGUAAAAAUGGUGAUUACUGCUAUUCGAGUUAGUCGAACGAAAUAAUCGAUUUCGUCUUUAACGCAAACAUCCAACCGUUCAAACAAUUUGUAUGAAUCUGGCGAUAUUCUAUUACAAGCUUGGAUGUUCAAUCGUGGAUGUUCUUGAGCCAUGACAUCGGUUUCCUUCCAAUUCCUCUGCGGCCUUCGAUUGUACCUUUCAUGAUAAGCUGAAGAAUUCUGUACCGGCCUCUCCUAAGAACAUGCCCUAGGUUAAUAAUAACUCAAUAUUUUUGUGCACUAUGUGUACAUUGUAUUUUGAGAAAAAAGUCUUGGUGCUGUUAUUGUUAAUUCUAAGAAAGUAAGCAGAUCAUCGAAAUAUUACCUAAUUUAUCAAAUACAAUAUUUUCUAACUCCGAACUCUUUAACCCCAUUAUACAUGCAUAUGAGAGUAGUCAAGGAGUCCAACAAUCAUAAUACUUACUCUAUAUAUCCAGGAAAUCCAUAAGUAGAUAUUGCGUGUUCAUUAAGCAAACAAUCGCAUCGUUAUUUUUUUAAAAUAUCAUAACUUUAAGGUACCAAAAUGAAUUUCAAACUAAAAUAAUGCGAGAACUAAUUAUAAACAAGAAAAUUGUAAUUUUGACGUUAAAACUCGAAUUUUCCAGCAUUAAUCACCAUCCCUCAUCAUACUACUAUUCUAUUGUAGACGUACUUAAUUAGGCAUAUUCUGUAACUGCAAACCGAGUAGAAAUGAGUCAAAUCGAAUAGAGGUUCGAAUAGAGGUCAGCAAGUAGGAAUUGGUAUUCUGUAACUCAUCUCGAUCUCUACUAUUGAAACGUUAGGUCGAAAUUGAUUUCGACUACACAAGCCCUGUCGAGAUCACAUUUCGACAUCGUAAUUGGUCUUGACGCUUGCGCAUUGCCAUUAUUAUUGUUUUGACGUUUAUUUGUUAAAUUAAUUAGUGAUUUUAGUUUGUGUUAUUUAUUUAGAUAAUUGUACAUGUAUUUAAUUUUAUAUACCAAUAAUUAUACAACAUCAAGGUUAAUAGAAAUCAUGAGACAUUUAAGAAUUGCUACUCUAAUUUACUGGUAGAAUGUGUAGAUUUGAACGUAUCUAUACUAAAUUUACAAUCAAGAUGCAGUAGAAAUAAACAAACCAAGACACGUUAAAUGCUACUAUGUAUAUACAUUGUAAAUUAUUAUUCGGGAGUGCUCCUAGUAGCAUUUAACGUGUCUUGGUUUGUUUAUUUCUACUGCAUCUUGAAUGUAAAUUUAGUAUAGUGUGUUUCAAACGAAAAACCAAAAUUUUUCUUAGAGAAAAAACUUACUUUUACCGUGCAAUAAUAUUUUAUGUUUAUAGAUAAAGUCUACUAUGUAAUUUAAAUGCUCAUCAGAUGUUUUUUCUUUGGUAUUCGUGUUCCCGAUCGGUGUUCCACUUGCCAUUUUUUAUUCUUGUUGACUUGUUAUGUUGAAUUUACCAAACUUAACCAAAACCAUAAAAAAAUCAAAAUUUCUUCUUUUUUUUGACGAAUUCUUCGCAGAGAACACUUACUUUACUUUGCAGUGUGGUGUUGCCACCUCCUCCUGAGCGCGCCAAAUAUAAGUGGGCGUUUUCGAUUUACAAGGAUCCCGAUGUGAGUUACGGAAUGCCAAUCCAAAUACGAAAACGACGCGAUAGAUAUCCAACAUUCCGAUUUCGAAUAAUUACGAUUCGACUUGUGUCAUUUCUAUUCGUUUUGUUAAAAGUUACAGAAUAGGGCAGAAUUUCAUGUUAAGUUAUGUGAGUACACACAGAAGAACAGUACUGUAUACACUUAAUAUAAAAAAAUCAUUCCUGAACUACGUCAUAAAUGUGCUUAGGGACACUGCCACUUAAUGGGUUACAGUGGUUCGGUUACCAUAAGAAAUUAUGCGUUUCCUGUAACGAACCUACUAAGAUAUUGUCGAUAAAAACAUUUUCGCCUAUACCGUUGAAAUUAAAAUAUAUUUUUUGAUACAAUUUUUAAAAAAAUUUCAAGUAAGUGUUUAAUAUAGUAAGUGUUUAAUAUAAUGUUUAUUGUAGAUUUAUAAGAAUUUUGAGUUUAAGAAUAAACUAUUUGUUAUCAUAGAGAGGUAUUUGAGACUAAAUAUAUGACAAAUUUCAACUUUAUAUACUGCAAAUUAUGUCGAAUGAAGGUAUCGAUAUACAGGGUGUUUCAUUAAUAAUUGAAAAUAUUUUAACCGUAAAUUCCUGGGCUCAACAUAUUAAGAUUUAACCCAAACCACCUAGUCCAAAAAUGCUUAAUAAGGAAUCUAGAUCUAUUUGAAAAUGGCAUCCUGUAAUUAGUUUUUUUUUAAUACCUCCAGAACGCUUCUAUUUAGAAAAACGAAAACUGCCUAUUUAUUUUCUAGAGAUAAAUCGAUGCCAAAAAUUUCGAAUUUAUAGUAACGACCAUAGAAAACGGUGAAUUCUACCGAAUUAAAGCAAGAGUGUCUUUUAGUAUUAGAAUAUCUCACAUUUAAUAAUCAUGUGUCAUAAAUGCUUAAAAGUUAAAGACAAAAAAGUUAUACGAUAAAAUAACCGUUGCCCUACCCAAAACGGACGCCUAUGACCGUUACUGGAAAUUCACAAUUUAUGGAAUCGACUUUUCUCUAAACGAUAAAUAGACGUACCAGUUUUCGUUUUUCUAAAUAGAAGCGUUCUGGAGGCAUUUAAAAAAAAACUAAUUAAAAGACGCCAUCUUCAAACAGCUCUAGCUACCUUAGGAAUGAUUUUUGGACUAGAUGAUUUGAUAAAAUAAUAAUAUUUUGAGCCCAAGAAUCUACAGGUAAAAUAUUUCUAAUUAUUAAUGAAACACCAUGUAUAUAGGAAAAAGUAUAUCGAUAUAAAUGCAUUAUACUACUAUGUAGAGAAGCACAAACUUAAAAAUCUACUUAAAAGAAAUAAAGUUGAAGUUAGUCACAUUGUUGAAUUUAAAGAGGUUGUUAAAUUGAUUGUUAAAUGCAUAUUUUUAUAAAUUUUUAUUAAAAUACAAUAUUUUUAAAUUA